AUGUCCAUCGCGUCCUGGCUGAACCCGCGCUCGAUCGACGAGUCCAGGUACUCCACCAGCGACCCGACCAGCUCGUACGGGUUCUUGAGCAGAAACACACCGUCCAUAACAGAAACGUCCGCGGCAAGAGCAACCAGGAUCCGUUUCAGUCGCGAGUGGUCGUCCUCGUUGAUGAACUUGGAGAUCGCGUUGGUCACCAGGCCGGCCAGCUCGGUCUGUCCAGCGAGAGUUUGCACAGAGCUGAAGAACUCGCUUGCUCUAGACUCUUCCAGUGUGACAAACUCCGGAUUCGCGUCGAUCAGAAUGGACCGGAACGGCGAAAGGUCGGCCGGCACGAUCUUCUCGUCCUCAUUGGUGACGAGCUCGCACUCAACAAGCGACUUCAGAAGCCGCGACUUGACUUCCUCGUGGCCCCUUAUAGUUUCGAAAACGUUGGUCAACGUGUCUCUGAGGUUCUGUUGA